AUGGGACGGAAGUAUUGUAUCUUGAUCGGAUGCAUAUUCAUCGUAGCCGGCGGUAUCUGGAAUGGAUUAUGCACUACAGCCAACGAAUUUCUUGUUUCCCGAGUUAUCAUGGGAAUUGGCGGCGCACUGAGCAAGACAGGUGCCCCGGCUCUUCUCCAAGAAAUCGCUCACCCGCGUCUUCGGUCCCCCAUGAGUUCGAUGUAUUAUGGAUGCUAUUACAUUGGGUCUUUGAUGAGCGGCAUUAUGUGCACGAGAUACCAUGCCAAUGGGGAUACAUCGGAUCCACUUGUUAUCUGGGAAUAUCAAGAAAUAGAGCGGGCAUUGGAAGAGGAGGCGUUGAGCAGCAAAACUUCCUAUCUGGAUCUUCUCAAAACCAAGGGUAACCGAAAGCGCCUCAUGGUCACGCUUGUCAUGGCAAUGGGUGUUAACUGGGUUGGCAAUGGAAUUGUCUCAUACUAUCUGUCACCUGUACUGAAAUCAGUGGGGAUUACCGAAGCCUCGAAGAUCCUUGCUAUAAAUGCAGGUCUAGCUGCGUGGAACCUGAUCAUAUCAGAGGUUUCGGGUUUAUACGCCGAUAAGAUCGGUCGGAGACCAAUUUUCCUGAUCUCAACCACUGGUAUGAUAUUGAGCUACUGUCUUGUGAUGGGUUUCACUGCCGGUUUCAGAGAAACAGGCAAAAGUAGCCUUGGUGUGGCUGCCAUCCCAUUCCUCUUCCUUUUAUUUGGCUUCUACGACUUCGCUUGGACGACAAUGAAUUACUCCUACGUUGCCGAGAUCAUGCCAUUUGGACUCCGCGCCAAAGGAUUGGCAAUCUAUCUCUGUGUUCAGCAAAUGGGGAAUACAUUCAAUCAAUUUGUUAAUCCCAUUGCACUGGAUGCCAUCUCAUGGAUGUACUAUGGUGUUUACAUUGGUGUCGACGUUGUCCUUCUCAUUUUCAUCUACUUCUUCUUCCCUGAAACCAAGGAACUCUCUAUCGAAGAAGUAGCAAUAGUUUUUGACUAUGAUGAUAUCAAGAUUGCGCGGAAUAAUGUGGCUGAAUCGUUUAGCAAUGCGAAGCAAACUGGUAGUGAGUUGGGAUUAAGCCCUGCGCGCUGCAGCAAAGAGUUUACAGAGCACGUGGAAGUGAGAAACCGAGCCUACAAAUCAAAUGACGGUGAGAUGAGUGCUUAG